AUGACCAGAAUUGAUCGUACGCGCUAUGAUGAAUUGGAGAAGGAAGGAAACGCUUCCGCGUACAUAAUAUUCAAGAGAACUGUUGAGCAAUGGCCAGAUAGAGAAGGAUUUGUCUUCGAAGGGAGGUCAUGGACGUACGCGCAGGCUGAACGACAAGUAGAUAAAUUG